AUCGCGGGCGCGAAAGAGAUGGAAGUUUUGAAUCGGACAACGGAUAGGAAUAAUGGCCCAGGCAAAAGAUGAUGAUGAACUGGCAAUACUUGAAAAAGAGAUCAAGGAAUUUUGGACUAAGUUCCAAACCACUUGUUGCAGUGAGUCUAUUGACCAGACUUUGGGACUAAGAAAUUUAUGGGAUGAGUCCCUAUGCAAGCUUUCAGAUAAAUGGUCCAAGAGAUUGAAAGAAGGAGAUGAAAUAAUCAACAAAUUUCACGAGUAUACAAAUGAGGUCUGCCAAAAGAAUAAAUCCAUUGAAGAAAAACAGGAGAAAUUAUCCAAAAUACUUGCUAAUAUUAACGACAGGGAAAAACAAGAGACAGACUUGAUGGUCAGCAUCCAAGAGCUCAAGGAAGAAUUAAUCAGAAAAAGUAAAACUAUAAACAAAGCCACAGAAGAAAGGGAGGAAAGACUUUGUAAGGCUGAAAAACUCUUUAAAGAGCGACUUGGGUUAGAAAUACGCAAAACGUCUGCGAAUCAUUUGCAAUUUAUAUUCCGCGGUAUUGACCAGAAAGAUUUUGACAAGCCACACAUGCUUACCCUUUCCAUAAAUGAAGAGGGAGCUUAUGAAGUGAUCUCUUGUUCGCCUCCCUUGGACUGUAUAGAAGAACUGCAGCUAAAAGUGAGAGAAACCAACAAUUUUUCUGCAUUUAUUGCUAACGUUAGGAAAGCCUUCAUCGCUUUGACUUUUAAAUGAUGUGUUGCUAUAUAUGUAAAUCUGUCUGUAUACUGAUUCUUGUCACCUUUUCUCUCUAAAUAAAAA